GGGCGGACUCUUUUUCUCUCGUUCUCUGCCGUCUUGCCCCCCCCACCCCUGUUAACCCCCCCCCCCAGCACCCCUCCCCUUUACCCCGCACCCCCGCCUCCUCCCGGCGCAGGACGCGCACGUCCCGUUGGAGGCGGCGGCUGGCGGAGGAUUGUUCGGUGCUGGUGGUGGUGGUGGCCGUGGUGGCGGCGAGGCCCGGGCCGGGCCAUGGCUGAGUUCCUGCCCCCGCCCGAGUGCCCCGUCUUCGAGCCCAGCUGGGAGGAGUUCGCCGACCCCUUCGCCUUCAUCCACAAGAUCCGGCCCAUCGCCGAGCAGACCGGCAUCUGCAAGGUGCGGCCGCCGCCGGACUGGCAGCCUCCAUUUGCAUGUGAUGUUGAUAAGCUUCACUUCACUCCGAGGAUCCAGAGGCUUAAUGAACUAGAGGCCCAAACCCGUGUAAAGCUGAAUUUCCUGGACCAGAUUGCAAAGUUUUGGGAACUUCAGGGAUGUACGCUGAAAAUUCCACAUGUGGAGAGGAAGAUCUUGGAUUUAUUUCAGCUUAAUAGACUAGUUGCAGAAGAAGGAGGAUUUGAUGUAGUUUGCAAGGAGAGAAAAUGGACCAAAAUAGCCACUAGAAUGGGAUUUGCUCCUGGCAAAGCAGUGGGUUCGCACAUCCGUGCGCACUAUGAGCGUAUUCUCUAUCCUUACAACUUAUUCCAGUCUGGAGCUAGCCUAUUGUGUUUGCAGAAACCAGAUCUUGCUAGUGACACAAAGGACAAGGAAUAUAAGCCCCAUGAUAUUCCACAGAGACAGUCUGUUCAGCCGUCUGAAACUUGUCCACCUGCUCGUCGAGCAAAACGCCUAAGAGCAGAGGCAACCAAUAUGAAAACUGAAUCUGAACCUUCAGAGGCCAGAACUCAUAAUCUGAGACGCAGAAUGGGAUGUGCACCUCCAAAGUGUGAAAAUGAAAAGGAAAUGUAUAGUUCAGUGAAACUUCCUGAGAAGAGAGAACAUGCUGGGGAGCCAGAGAAAGACAAAUCCAAAGCCCGAUCCAAAAAACCUACUAAUGCUGUGGAUUUGUAUGUAUGUCUCUUAUGUGGCAGUGGUAACGAUGAGGACCGUCUCCUGUUGUGUGAUGGCUGUGAUGACAGUUACCAUACUUUUUGUUUAAUUCCACCCCUUCAUGAUGUUCCCAAAGGGGACUGGAGGUGCCCCCAGUGUUUGGCUCAGGAGUGUAAUAAGCCUCAAGAAGCGUUCGGUUUUGAACAAGCAGCAAGAGACUAUACGCUGCGCACCUUUGGAGAAAUGGCAGAUGCAUUCAAGUCAGACUAUUUUAACAUGCCAGUACAUAUGGUCCCCACUGAGCUGGUUGAAAAGGAAUUCUGGAGACUUGUUAGUACCAUUGAAGAGGAUGUUACGGUGGAAUAUGGAGCUGAUAUUGCUUCAAAGGAGUUUGGCAGUGGCUUCCCAGUUAGAGAUGGGAAAUUUAAAGUGAGACCGGAAGAAGAGGAAUACCUUGAUAGUGGCUGGAAUUUAAACAACAUGCCUGUGAUGGAGCAGUCUGUUCUUGCUCACAUCACUGCAGACAUAUGUGGAAUGAAAUUACCUUGGCUAUAUGUAGGAAUGUGCUUUUCUUCAUUUUGUUGGCAUAUUGAAGAUCAUUGGAGCUAUUCGAUUAACUAUCUGCAUUGGGGGGAGCCUAAAACGUGGUAUGGAGCCCCAGGUUAUGCAGCAGAACAGCUGGAGGAUGUAAUGAAGAAGCUUGCUCCAGAGCUAUUUGAAUCUCAGCCAGAUCUCUUGCACCAACUUGUCACCAUAAUGAACCCGAAUACUUUGAUGGCCCACGGAGUGCCUGUUUAUCGAACCAAUCAGUGUGCUGGAGAGUUUGUGAUCACUUUUCCAAGAGCUUAUCACAGUGGCUUCAAUCAGGGUUUCAAUUUUGCUGAAGCUGUGAACUUCUGCACUGUUGAUUGGCUGCCAUUGGGUCGCCAAUGUGUAGAACAUUAUCGUCUGCUGCACCGUUACUGUGUGUUUUCUCAUGAUGAGAUGAUAUGUAAAAUGGCUUCCAAAGCAGAAUUUCUUGAUGUUGUGGUAGCAUCUACUGUUCAAAAAGACAUGGCUAUUAUGAUUGAUGAUGAGAAGAUGCUGCGCGAGAAGGUUCAGAAACUGGGAGUGACUGACUCGGAGAGAGUGGCUUUUGAGUUGUUUCCUGAUGAUGAGCGACAGUGCUUAAAGUGUAAAACCACUUGUUUCAUGUCUGCUGUUUAUUGUCCAUGUAAACCUGGAUUACUGGUAUGCUUGUAUCAUGUAGAGGAUCUUUGUUCCUGUCCCACCUACAAAUAUAAACUGGGGUACCGCUACACUCUGGAGGAGCUCUAUCCAAUGAUGAACGCAUUAAAGAUGCGUGCAGAAUCAUACAACGAAUGGGCUUCCAAUGUUAAUGAAGCUUUGGAGGCAAAAAUUAACAAUAAAAGAAGUCUCGUCAGUUUUAAGGCUUUGAUAGAAGAAUCAGAAAUGAAAAAGUUUCCAGAUAAUGACCUACUGCGACACCUCAGACUAGUUACACAGGAUGCAGACAAAUGUGCCUCAGUUGCGCAACAGCUUCUUAAUGGCAAAAGACAAACCAGGUAUCGCUCUGGAGGAGGGAAAUCUCAAAAUCAGCUGACUGUGAACGAGCUCCGUUUGUUUGUAAGGCAGCUGUAUGCUCUGCCCUGCGUCCUCAGUCAGACACCAUUACUGAAGGAUCUUCUUGAUCGUGUAGAAGCUUUUCAACAGCAAAGCCAAAAACUCCUUUCUGAAGAAAUGCCUUGUGCUGCAGAACUCCAGGAGCUGUUAGAUGUCAGCUUUGAUUUUGAUGUUGAUUUACCCCAGCUUGCUGAGCUGCGGAUACGUCUGGAACAGGCACGGUGGCUCGAGGAUGUGCAACUCGCUUCCUCAGACCAAAACUCUCUUACUCUAGAUGAUAUGAGACGUCUUAUAGACUCAGGUGUUGGACUGGCUCCCUACCCAGCGGUUGAGAAAGCAAUGGCAAAGCUGCAAGAGCUCCUUACUGUAUCUGAACACUGGGAUGACAAAGCCAGAAAUCUGAUAAAGGCCAGACCACGGCAGUCACUGAGCAGUCUUGUAGCAGCACUGAAAGAAAUAGAGGAGAUCCCAGCCUAUCUCCCAAAUGGUGUUGCACUGAAAGAUGCAGUGCAGAAGGCCAAAGACUGGCUGCAGGAAGUGGAAUCUUUACAGGUUGGAGGUCGUGUGCCGGUACUGGACACGUUAGUGGAACUCGUCACAAGAGGUCGAUCUAUUCCAGUGCACCUGGACUAUCUGCUGAGGCUCGAGUCCUUGGUGUCAGAAGUUCAGGCAUGGAAGGAGUGUGCAGCUAACACAUUUCUGUGCGAGAACUCCCCUUACUCUCUUCUGGAGGUGUUAUGUCCCCGGUGUGAUAUUGGAAUAUUGAAUCUUAAAAGAAAGCAGAAGAAGCUGAAGGAGCCAGUGCCAAGCGGAAAGAAGAAAAGCACUAAGCUAGAGAGCUUGAGCGACUUAGAAAGAGCUCUUUCUGAGAGCAAAGACACCGCAUCUGCGAUGGCUACGCUCGGGGAAGCCCGGUUAAAGGAGAUGGAAGCACUGCGGUCUCUCCGAGCAGCAAAUGAAGUGAAGGUGCUGUCUAAUGAAGAGGAUGCAGAAAUGAAAGUCUGUCUAUGCCAGAAGGAGCCGGCUGCUCCGAUGAUUCAGUGUGAGCUCUGCAGAGGGUUCUUCCAUACCAGCUGUGUUUCGGUGCCCAACAUUUUGCAGGGACCUCGUGUAUGGCUCUGUCCACACUGUCAUCGAUCAGAAAAACCACCUCUAGAAAAAAUCUUGCCGUUGCUGGCCUCCUUGCAGCGUAUCCGUGUGAGGCUUCCUGAGGGCGAUGCCUUACGGUAUAUGAUAGAGAGAACUGUGAACUGGCAGCACAGAGCACAACAAAUGUUAUAUUCAGGGAAUCUAAAACUUAUACAAGACAAAGUUGGCUCAGGAUUGUUGUACAACAGAUGGCAAGCCACAGCAGGCCAUUUGCCAGAGACAAAUAAGGUUUCGCAAACAAUUGGAGCUAUGUCAUUCUCCAUGCCUCAUGACUGGGAUAACAGAACCAUAUAUUUACAUUCUCCAUUUUCUACAGGACAGCAAUGCAUCCCACUUCAUGUCAUUAGCACAGAGCUGGAUGAGCUGAUGAUGGAAGCCCAGCUGCUACAGGUUUCUCUGCCUGAAAUACAGGAGCUGUACCAGAUCCUAUUCACAAAGCAAAGCCCUGCUUUGCAGACAGAGCAGAAGUCAUCAGUUGGACCGACAAAUGAGAAGAAUGAGUGUUGCCGGGGAAAAAAGGAUGGAAUUAGUUACAUGGAAAGAAAACUAAAGCGGCGUUUUGAGAGAGAGAGCUUCUGUGAUGAGAAGAGAGCAAGGGUAAAAAAAAUGAGAACACCCAAAAAGAAGAAACUGAAACUGAAUCACUCAAGGGAUCUCUGCACUAACAAACUGGAGAGAGAGCGUGAGCGACUCUUCGAGAUGCAGCGUUCCAGUGAAAGCCACUUGUUUCCCUCAGAUAUGUCAUUCUCUGAGCAGGAGGACUCUGAGGAUGAGGAUGCCAUCUGCCCUGCUGUGAACUGUCUCCAGCCUGAGGGAGAUGAGGUGGAUUGGGUCCAGUGCGAUGGCAGCUGCAACCAGUGGUUCCACCAGGUGUGCGUGGGCAUCUCUCCAGAAAUGGCAGAGAAGGAGGACUACAUCUGCAUCAGCUGCACUGGGAAGGACUCUCAGUAUCGGAAGUAAAACUCCCCAUAAACCAUUCAGAACUUGAGUAAAGAAGGUUAUCAGAGUUUUCCAAUAAAGCCACAGGGGCUGGUUUAAGAACCAGAUUGCAAAUGGUGCUACUUCUAUCCUCAUGGGAUCAUUUUCCAGAACUCAAAACAAUUUUUGACACUUUUGUAUUUUUCCCUUGAUCUUUGUGGUUGUUGAGGUUUGAGAAGCUGACUGUUUAGCAGGGGUUCCCACCAAUUUGGAAGGCAUUUGAAACAUGCACCUUUUAUUGUACAGCAUUAAAUUACCUCUCUGGGAUUUACCGGCAUAUUUAAUUCAGCUUGGUUUAGGUGCAAAAAAACCUGCACCAUGGAUUUUCCAAUAAAUCCUCUUUUGAGGAAAUCCCUGUUUACUCUGUUAACUCUUUGGAGACUUUAGGUUUUUUUCCACUUUGUUUUUCGUAGACUAGGUUUAUUUAUCUGAGCAAUAACUUCUAUGUCUGGUUUCAGUGACUGGAAUGACAAUUCUGAACAGCGUGUUGCUUUUAGCAUUGGUUGAUGUACAGAAAGCAAAUGUUAGAUCCUAGUGUCACUGACGGCCCAGUGAUGUAGAAGACAGGAGAGAAAAAAAAAAAAAAAAGCUCUGUAAAGUAAUUGCCACAGCUGUAUUUUGGCUUUCUCCUUUUUUGGGUAGCUUGUAUCAAAUGUUGCAGUUUAUAUUGUGGAAUAAACCCCUGGUUAUGUUAUAAAAUUAAAUGUUGGUGUUUUUAGAGAGCUUGAAAUGCAGUUUCAUUUCCCUCUGGAUAGAUCUUUGUCAAUGGGUUCUUAUAUUCAAGAGAAUUCCCUCUUAAAGGAAAAAAAUGCAAUGGUAUUUUCUUACCUUUUAUACUCAGGUUCUUACAUCGAAAAAAAAAAAAGUUUUUCAAGUCUUUUCAAAGCUUCUCCAAAACUGUGGUUAUUUACAGGUCGGGUGAACAGAGGGUCACGACUGCAGUUUGGCAGGUGAAGGAGUGGGCAGUUGACUCAGGCGGCAAAGGUGCGGGGCAGCUCCUUCUGCCGGCCUGGUGCAGCUGCCUCCUGCAGGAAGGACUCUCCCUGCAGCACGUAUUGCAGCUGGCCCGGCAGCGCACUUGUUGGCAGUCCACAGAGUGCUCUCUCAUUCCUUUCAGCUGCUUCUGCUUGUGUUUGGGCUAAAAACCUGAGGAAUGAGGAAAUUUCUGGACAGGUUAUGAUUCCGUCAAAGGCUGUGUUUGAGGACCUUAAUGUGGGGGAAGAAGGGGACGGUGCAGCUGAUGGCAGGCAGUAAGAAGGAGACGAAAGGAAUAAAAUAACCAAGUGCACUAUGCCCAGAGCUCCCCCAGGCCUGGAGGGAGAGGAGAGGCACAGGAAAGGGACAAAAAGCAAGUGGAGUCAGGAGCACAGGGAAAGAGCAGCAGUAGCAACAGUUCUGCCUCAGAGGGGACAAAAGACCUCUGAGAAUAAGUUAUUUUUCUGAGCCCACGAGCUUUGAAUUUGAAGCACCUGAGGCUUAUUGGAGAGCGAUUGCUAAUGCAGAAUAUAAUUGCUCCUUUGGGAAUGGACUGGUGCCAGUGUUGGGGCUAAUUGUCUGCCAAGGGUGAAACUUACAGGCCCUAGAAGAUGGGAGGUCUAGGAGAUCUUUCUAUCAGAGAGAGCACUCUCUUUAGGACAUCCUGUCAUCACCAGAAAUGUGGCAGCGUUGGUAUUCCCUCAGUUCCUCAUCAAGAGGAAAUGGCUGGUAAACAUUUUUCUACCAUUUUUAGACCUUUCCCCUGCAGUAACAAUGUGCAGGUUUUGGGCACAGUGCAAAGCCCUUGAGCAGUGUGUGGCUGACAACGACGUGGGGGAUGUGUGAGAGAGAACUCUGUAGGAAUUAGAUUUCCUAGUUGUUUUCUGUUUGUUUGUUAGCUUGGGUUUUGGGGAGAUGCCUUUUGUUGAUUUGUUUGUUUGUUUUACUCCUUUAGUUAUGCUUUCUUGUCUCACGUUGAUUUUUAACUGUUCUAGAUUCUUCUGCAUCAAAUCAUAGAUGAUUUGUCUAAAAUGGGCAGAGGCAGUCAGCCUGACCACACUUACAUCAGUUAAAUGUGUGUAUACUUUCCCGUUAUGACUUCAUUAUUUACUGUAAUUGUUAAAAGAAUGUUUUGUGAUUUUGGUUGGAAGAAAUCUUUGUGCAAUGCCAAGAUAACAAUCCAAGCUGUGGAAAAAGAACUGAUCUGUAGUGUCAUCCUUUUAAAGCAGGUAGAUGAACAAACUUGAAG